AGGCGGCGCGCACUCGCUCGGCCUCAUGUCCGCCUCGGCCAUCCCGGCUAGCUCGGGCGAGCCGCUGCGGGGCGACCGCGCCCCCUUCCCGCUGGCGGCGGCAGGCCCAGCGGACUACGAGGACGAGGAGCUGGACGAGGAGCUGAUGGGCGCCGGGGACGAGCCCCGGGCCUGGACCCCGCAGGAGAAGUCCCUGCAUGAGGCCCGGCUGAAGGCCAAGGCCAAGCGGAGGCUGCGGCGCACGUCUUCCCGCGACUCCAACCGCGAGUCCCUCUCGGAAGCGGGGGAGCCCAGCCCCGACCCCAGCAGCCCCAAGGACAAGAGCCAUGACCGCAAGUCCCGCAUGGGCAAGGGCCGCGGCCUGCCCAAGAAAGGUGGUGCGGGGGGCAAAGGCGUGUGGGGCGCGCCGGGCGUCAUCUAUAGCUACCAGGAGCCUGACGCACGGGACCCCAACUACGACGAGGCUGCGCAGGGCGACACGGUCUAUGCCACGGUGGUGCCUGAGCUGGAGGAAGCAGAGCUGGAGAAGACUGUGCAGCCCAUGGUGCUGGAGUACUUUGAGCACGGAGACACCUUGGAGGUGGUGGAGCUGCUUCGUGACCUCAACCUGGGCAGCCACAAAGCCGCGGUGUCCUCGCUGGCCGUGGCCCUGUCUCUGGAGGGCAAGGCCAGCCACCGGGAGCUGACAUCACGUCUCCUCUCGGACCUGGUGGGGAAGGUGCUGAACUCCGAAGACAUCGCUGCUGCAUUCGAUGGGAUGCUGCGGGACUUACCAGACCUCAUCCUUGACACGCCAGAGGCCCCGCAGAUGCUGGGCCAGUUCAUCGCCCGGGCCGUGGCUGACCACGCGCUGCCCCUUGACUUCCUCGAGCGCUACAAGGGGCGCGUCGACUGUGAGCAUACGCGGGCUGCCCUGGAUCGUGCUGCAGUCCUGCUGCGCAUCAAGCGAGAUGUCAACCAACUGGACAAUGUGUGGGGCGUGGGGGGUGGCCAGAGGCCUGUCAAGCAUCUGACCAAGGAGAUGAACCUCUUGCUCCGCGAAUACCUGCUCUCAGGUGAGGUGUCCGAGGCCGAGCACUGCCUGCACCAGCUCGAGGUGCCCCACUUCCACCACGAGCUUGUCUACGAGGCCGUGGUGAUGGUGCUGGAGUCCUCGGGGGACACCGCCAUCACCAUGAUGGUGAAACUGCUGAAAGUGCUGUGGGAGACGGGGCUGGUGACCCUGGACCAGAUGAACCGGGGCUUCCAACGGGUCUACAAGGAGCUCGGAGACAUCAGCCUGGACGUGCCGCUGGCCCACAGCUUGCUGGAGCGCCUGGUGGACCUCUGCUUUGAGGAGGGAGUCAUCACCAAGCACCUGCGCGACACCUGCCCUGCCAGGGGCCGGAAGCGCUUUGUCAGCGAGGGAGACGGCGGCCAAAUUAAGCAGUAACAGCAUGCUUCAACCCCCCCUCCCCCCACCAGUGAUGCCUCCAGCCUACCCAGGCCUGUCGUCCUCCAUGGAGAGGCCACGAGACCCUCUGAACACGCCCC